CAAAAGCAAUUCUGCAGUUGGGUAGUCAAGACAAUGGCUUCCUUCUCUGGUCUUGCACUCACUCUGCUCUCCGUUGUAGCUCUUCUCCUCGGCAAUUCCCAUGCUCAGCUCACCCCUAACUUCUACGAAGACUCCUGCCCCGACCUCCUCUCCAUAGUUCAGGCUCAGGUUGAGAUUGCCAUUAAGAACGAGAAGAGGAUGGGGGCAUCUCUGCUUCGUCUGUUCUUCCACGAUUGCUUUGUUAAUGGAUGCGAUGGCUCUGUUCUUCUUGAUGAUACCCCAGCUUUCGUUGGAGAGAAGAAUGCAGCCCCAAACGCAAACUCUGUCAGAGGGUUUGAGGUGAUUGAUGUCAUCAAGGCUGCAGUUGAGGAAGCCUGCCCUGGGGUCGUCUCCUGCGCUGACAUACUAGCCAUCAGUGCUAGAGACUCGGUUGUUCAGUUGGGAGGCCCUGAUUGGCAAGUGAAGCUUGGGAGAAGGGAUGCCAGGACAGCCAGUCAAGCUGCAGCAAAUAGCAGCAUCCCACCCCCCACAAGCAAUCUUAGUGAGCUCAUCUCUAGCUAUGCAGCACAAGGGCUCUCUGUGCAAGAUAUGGUUGCUCUAUCAGGGGCUCACACUAUUGGUAAAGCAAGGUGCACCACCUUCAGAAACCGCAUUUACGAAGAAGCCAACAUAGACAGCUUCUUUUCUAACACAAGGAAGCCAAACUGCCCGGGCACACCUGGCCAAGGAGACGACAAUUUGGCACCUCUUGACAUCCAAACUCCAACACGUUUUGACAACAGCUACUUCGUCAACCUGGUCGCCAGGAAAGGCCUCCUUCAUUCUGACCAAGCACUCUUCAAUGGCGGCUCCACGGAUACCAUUGUUCAGAACUACAGCCAAAACCCCGAUGCCUUCAUCCAAGACUUCAUCACAGCGAUGAUCAAGAUGGGAGACAUCAAGCCUCUUACUGGCUGCAGUGGAGAAAUCAGGACCAACUGCAGAAGGUUGAAUUAGGACGGGCUUGUUUUCUUUACUUCUUGGUCAGAAAGUUAGGAUUUGCUUCAAUGACGAAUAAUUUUGUACCAUGAUUUAGGGCGUGAUCGAUCCUUAAUGUGUUCUUUCUCAUUUUGCAGUUAACAAUUAGUAGGAAGUGUGGUUUAUUUUGUCUUCGUUUAAGGGAAAUAUCAUUUUCCCUUGUGUUGAAAGCUCCCCCAUGUUCAAAAUUUCAAAAAUUUCACUUCCCUGAUUAUGGAACAUGUGCUCUUACCAGACUUACCAGACU